GGGUUCCCAUUUCCCUCCUGGGGUUUCUCUGCAGCCCCAGUGGGAAGAAGUUCCGGAGCAAGCCGCAGCUGGCGCGGUACCUGGGCAGCUCCAUGGACCUGGGCACCUUCGACUUCCGCACGGGGAAGAUGCUGAUGAACAAGAUGAACAAGAACAGGCAGAGGAUGCGCUAUGACUGCUCCAACCAAGCCAAAGGCAAGCCUGAUUUGAACACAGCCCUGCCUGUGAGACAAACAGCCUCCAUCUUCAAACAGCCCGUCACAAAGAUCACAAACCACCCCAGCAACAAGGUGAAGAGUGACCCCCAGAAAGCUGUGGACCAGCCCAGGCAGCUCUUCUGGGAGAAGAAAUUAAGUGGACUGAAUGCCUUUGACAUCGCAGAGGAGCUGGUGAAAACAAUGGACCUUCCCAAAGGUCUGCAAGGGGUGGGCCCGGGGUGCACGGACGAGACGCUGCUGUCUGCCAUCGCCAGCGCCCUGCACACCAGCACCAUGCCCAUCACAGGCCAGCUCUCUGCAGCCGUGGAGAAGAACCCCGGGGUUUGGCUCAACACCUCGCAGCCUCUCUGCAAAGCCUUCAUGGUGACAGAUGAAGAUAUCAGGAAGCAGGAGGAGCUGGUGCAGCAGGUGAGGAAGAGGCUGGAGGAGGCCCUCAUGGCUGACAUGCUGGCCCACGUGGAAGAGAUCGCCAGGGAUGGGGAACCCCCCUCGGAGAAGGAAGGAGGGGAGGAGGAAGGAGAAGAGGAAGAAGAGGAGGAGGAGCAGGACCAUGACCAGGAGAUGGAGAAUGUAUAGUCCAGGGAGCUCCAUCUAAGAAUUCCCAGUAUAAACCCAAUCAGCAGGGUCAGCACCACCAUUUGCAGAGCCAAGAGUGCACCACCAGUCCAGCUGUACCCCGGAGCAUUUGGAUGUACUUCGGGAAACACGGGAGCUGAUGGUUCAUUCACUGCUGGGGAGUUCUGCAGGUGGAACUCAGCUUAACUCUACUCCCCCUCCUUUUCCUAAAGGAGUGGGGUGAUUGGGAAUGCAAAAGUGGGAGGGGAUAAAGGAAUAUCACGUGGUGGGAGGGGAAAUACUAGGAACCAAAUUUGCUAUCUCUUUUUUUUUUGUUUUGUUUUGUUAUUUUUCGUGGGUCAGUGCGAGGUGAUACAUUUUUAAGCUUUUUUAUCAAAAUACCUUUAAUGACCCAUAGAAACAAUUUUCUCUCUAACCCAGGAGAGAGAGAGAGAGAGAGAGAGAGAUGCUGUUUCACUCCUUGGCUCCUCUGCUGUGCUGUUUGCACCUGGCUGUAGGGAGGUCAUUUCGUGUCGUGGGUUGUCAUUCCAUCUGUGAAUUCCUGUCGCUGAAUUGCCAUUUCCUCACAAGACCACAUUGGUCUUGGAAAUGUAGUCUCAGAGCUGAACUGCCAGUGCCUGUCCCACCUGGGGUUUGGGGAGCAGGGGAGGUUACACUCGAGGAAUUGGGCUGCCAGCUCUGGUCAUUGGGGUUUGGGGUUAGUUCCACACCACACUGAGAGCACUCCCGAGCACGGCUUGGACUCUGUGUGUCCAAACACUCUGAACAGAGUUUUGGAGAGAAAUAUACCCGACCUGAGGUGUAUUCUGGUUUGGUUCAAGUCCAGUCAGAAGGACUUUCUCAACUGGGGAUGGAAGGGUGUCUCAUUUCUGACUUGACAAUGAGGAAAACUUCCUCCUUUUUCUCUUCUGGUGCCAAGAACCUGCCCUCUGUUCCUCUGUGUGGAGGGAAGGGGAUCCAUUCCAAUGGGUGUGGCCACACACCUGCUUUCGUGUGCAGUAAUGUUCUGACCUCUUUUGAAAAAAAAAAAAAGAAAAAAAAAAAAAAAGAAAGGAAAAAGGUUGAUUUUUCUAUAAUUGAUAU